AUGGCCUCCCUCGGCGGAAUCAUGGUGGCCCUCAUCACCCCCUUCACAGACGACAAGACCGCAAUCGACGAAAGCCGUCUGCAAGCACACAUCGAACACCUGAUCACAGCCGGCGUGCACGGUCUCGUUCCUGGCGGCAGCACAGGCGAAUUCACCACCAUGACAUUCGCCGAGCGCAAGCAGCUAACAGAGCUGUGCGUUAAAUUCGCCGGCGGUCGUGUCCCCGUCGUCGCCGGCACAGGCAGUCUUUCUUCCGCUGAGGCAGUUGAGCUCUCCGUGCACGCCGCGAAAUCUGGCGCCGUAGCGACAAUGGUCCUUCACGAGUUCCUCUCCGAGAUCCACACUGCCUCCGGUCUGCCAAUCGUCUACUAUAAUAUCCCUUCUGCGUCUGGCAUCACGCUGUCUCCCACUGAGAUUGCCGGUCUGUCUAAGGUCGGCGUCAAGUAUCUUAAGGAUACUUCUGGUAAUGCGCCGGCGUUGACGGAGCUUAUCUUUAGCCUCUCUGAUCAGAUUACCUCGUUUAAUGGGUGGGAUACUUUGACUUUUUAUGGUCUUGCUGCUGGCGCACCGGGUGGUGUCUGGGGCGCGGCGAAUAUUAUUCCUGAGUUGGCGGUUGAGCUUUGGGAGGCGGUUUCUGUUAAGGGAGAUUUGAAGCUUGGGCGCGAGAUUUGGGCUAAGGCUUUCCCUAUUUGCAAGUUCCUUGAGUCGCAUAACUAUGCGGCUGCUGUUAAGACUGGUGUUGAGUUGAUUGGGCAGCCUACUGGUGGUCUGCGCAAGCCUUUUGCUCUGCUCAACCCGAAGUUGACGGCGGAACUUAAGCAAUUGUUGGAGAAUGCUGGAGUUAAGACUGUUUAA